GGUAAUAGUUAGGUUUGCAAAGAUCACUAAUUGAUUUUAAUGUCUAAUUGGGCUGAAGGAGUGGAGAAGGACGUCAUUUAUGAAGACGGACGGGAGAAUGACUUCUACGACGACGACGAUGACGACGACUUCGACGAGGAGGAGGAGGAGUUUAUAGAUGAGGAGGAGCUCUGGGCGAAUGCCAAGUUAGUUCGAAAGGUCGAGGCGGACGUGGAUGGGAACCAGUUCGAGGUGAUCAAGAAGGUUCGACAGUACCACGUGGAUCGCCCGAUCACUGAAGUCGACCUCCGCGCGGGGUUGAAACGCUUUGGCAAGGCAACCGCGGAUCAGUCCAACAUCGUCUCGAAGGAGCCCCCGCUUGCUUUGGAGCUCGGCGCCGUCGACCAGUUCGAGCGGGAGAGCCGGAACGAGGUGAAGCGUCUCCUGCACGAGGUCGGAAAUACCGAGGUGAAGGUCAACGACUCCCACCUCCAGAUUAUUGUCAAGGAGGAGCACCUCAAACGGCAGGCGGAGAUGGCGAACGCGCUCAAGACGGAUGCGGGGAAUCGGGAGACAACUUGGGGGUCAAACCGAACCAACGCCCCGAAGGAGCGCGACUCGCAGGACUUUAAACGACGUGUGCGCGUCACCAAUGUCGGGGACAACAUCACGGAGGAUAAUUUGCGUAAUAUUUUCGGCUCGGACGGCGCAGUCGUGGAGCGGGUUUACCUGCCGCGAGAUCGGGAUACGAACCAAAAUAAGGGCUUUGCCUUUAUAACUUUUAAGGAAGUCUCGAUGGCAGAACAGAUUCUUAAGCGACAUGACUAUAAGUUUAAGAAUGUUGUGAUGCAUGUGACGAGGGCUUUGGAGCUGAAGCAGUGA